CCUCAUGCCACGUCAGUGUUGAUUCGCGUGUCCUUAAAGGUUGUCAGAUUUAUGUCUUCUUUAGUAUUGUUGGCGUUGAUUCAACUACCUCAUAUUUUAUGUAAUUUAUAGUAUUGGUCUUUGCUCACCUGAAGCAACAUGCAGCGCGUGGGAUUGUUAAUUGUGACACUGUACGCAGCUUUGAUCGGUGGCACUGAACUGACCUUUGAAUUACCUGAUAAUGAGAAACAAUGUUUUUACGAGGACUUAGAAGAGGGAGCCAAGUUUGAUAUCGACUUUCAAGUUAUUGCUGGAGGGAACUAUGAUGUUGACUGCUUUGUGACAGACCCAAUGAAUAAUGUCCUGUAUGAAGAACAGAGGAAGCAGUAUGACAGUUUCAGUCACACAGCAGCUCUAAAGGGUGUUUACAAAGUCUGCUUCAGCAAUGAGUUCUCUACCUUCUCUCAUAAAACUGUGUAUUUAGACUUCCGAGCUGGAGAAGAUACCCCAUUACUGCCUGACAUGAACAGGGCAACAGCACUUACCCAGAUGGAAUCAGCUUGCUUAUCCAUCCAUGAGAUUCUGAAGGUUGUGGCAGACUCUCAGACAUGGUACCGUCUGCGAGAGGCUCAAGAUCGCCUCAGGGCAGAAGACCUGAAUGAACGUGUGUCUUUCUGGUCAAUUGGAGAAACCAUUAUUCUCUUUGUGGUCAGCCUUGGCCAAGUUCUCAUGCUCAAGAGUUUCUUCAAUGACAAGAAAACCAAUGUGGCCACCAGCACAUAGACUUUCCACUGUCCCAUCAAGUACAAUCACUAGGCUACUUCUGCCCCCCCUUUAAAGAAAGCUGCCUCAGUUUAAGCGUAUACUAACAAUGAUAUUAGCAAGCACACUUCACCUAAAACAACAUAAAAUAGCACCCCAUGGUGUUGUAUCAUAUUUCAUACCUGCAAAGCACUAAUCAUCUGUUGGGUACAGUAGUUUAAGGCUUUCUGAAAGCUUUGCAUUAAUGCCAGCCAUUGUUUUUAUUAAUUGUUUAGUUACUUCGGCUGAAUCUCUGCUUCAGCCAGUCAGCAACUAAGGCCAAGUACAUGGCUUAUUAUUUAAUAUUUUUCUCUUGUUUACUGCUAAGCUUUGAAGAUUGUUUUUUUUCUAAUGUUAGACCCUAUACACUGUAAACCAAAGAAAACUGUGGAGCUUGUUUUCAGAAUUAUUUGUUAUUUCAUUCAACCUCUAUUUUGUUAACACUCUUUGUACUCUUUGUAAAAUUCCUGUGGUGUCAAAUAUGAGUUUAUACAUAAGUAAUUAGACAAGUGUUGUUAGAGUAUCAUGUUUUGUGAAGCUGUUGAGAAAUACUGUUUACAAUUCUUUAAAAAUCUGUUACAGUUCUUAAAAUAGCUGUCUUAAUUACCCACGUUUUAUGACCCUGAACUAAGUGUAAUUCUAAUUUGUCUAAAUGUCAAAGUACUUAAA